AUGCGGUACACCCAUAUCCUCGGCAGUGCCGCCGCACUCGCUGGGUACACCCAGGCUCAACAAGGUGAGGCACAAUCUACCAUUAUCUACGACGCCGAGACCAAGAUCCGGUACUCGGCGUACACGGAGCCGCAGACGGGAAUGACAUUUGGCGUUGCACUUCCAGCCAACGCGACGGAUCCGUACGAUGCCAUUGUCCGGAUUACGGCGCCCGUGGCUCACACGUGGGUUGGCUUCUCGUGGGGCGGCACCAUGGUGUGGAAUCCGCUGAGCGUUGCGUGGCCAAACGGGCCGUCUGGGACGAUUUCCGCGCGCUUCGCUUUUGGUAUUGGUUUGCCGCUUGCAUACAAUGGAGCGGAACAUACGUAUCUCAAGGGGACCAGGGCACAUUCUACACAUUGGACGGUAAAUGCCCUGUGUAAAGGGUGUACUGGAUGGCAGAACAGCGAGGAUACACGCACGUCUCUGAACGGCACCGGGACCACCGAGUUUGCCUGGGCAUAUGGAGUCUCAGCUGUGGAAGACGCCGCGCGCAACGACUCUGCCUUCAACGUGCACGAAGCCUGGGGCAAAUGGAUCCACAACCUCGACGCAGCACGGAUUUCAGAUUUCGAUUCUCUGGUUCAAGCAAACUUGCUGACACCGGCUCUGCCCAGUCCUUCUGCUGACCCAACCACAGUUGUGACAAGCGUCGUGGCAUCUGCGUCUGCAAAGCCAGCUGCCACGGCCGCCAUUCCUACGUCGUGCCCCGGCGCCGGCAGCCCUGCAUUCCAGGGCUCCUUGGCCCCCGGAUGGAAGGCCACCAAGAUUGCGGGCGGCAUGACGAGUCCCCGCAGCAUCCAGUUCGACACGGCAGGCAACAUGCUCGUGGUGCAGUCCGGCAAGGGGAUAUCGUAUCACCAGAUGGGCGCUGAUGGCUGCGUUACGUCUACAAAGAUGCUGAUAUCGCAGAACAAUCUCAACCACGGCAUUGCCUUGAGCCCCGACGGCAAGACGCUGUACGCAAGUUCCAUGACGCAGGCCUACGCGUGGCCAUACGAUGCAGCGGCCGGUACGCUCGGGACCCGAACGACGGUCGUGACGGGCAUGUACAAUGGCGGCUCGCAUCUCACACGCACGCUUGCCAUUGCGCCGCAGAACCCAAAUCUGCUCGUCGUGUCCCAUGGGUCGAAUUCGAAUAUCGAUCAAGCCACAUCGGACCCCAAGACGGGGCGUGCCAUUAUCAAGGUGUUUGAUAUGUCAAAGGUGCCCAGCGGAGGCUACAACUACGUAUCUGCGGGCUACAAUGCUGGAUAUGGGCAGCGCAACGAGGUUGGCAUUUGCUUCGACCGCAACAACAUGCUCUGGGGCGUAGAAAACAGCGGCGACCAGUUCACGCGCAACGGAAAAGACAUUCAUAAUGAUAAUCCCGGCGAAAAGGUCCACUACAUGGGCGAUGUGACCAAGCCCAACGACAACUGGUACGGCUACCCGUACUGCUUCACCGUGUGGAAGACAAGCGACUUUACCGACAAAGUCUUCAAAGUGGGCGAUUGGUUCACGCAGAGCCCUUCGAGCAGCAUGAACGACGAUACGUGCGUGCAGCGGGCCACGGCUCCAAAGAUGACGCUGCAGCCGCACUCUGCGCCCAUUGACUGCAAGUUUGAUGCCGACAGCACCACAAUGUACAUUACAUACCAUGGAAGCUGGAAUCGGUCGCCCGUCACGGGGUUCAAGCUGGUGGCGGUCAAGUUCAAGCUGGGGACUGAUGGUAACUACACGCCGGUCGAGCCGCUGACUAGCACCACGGCGGCACAGGAUAUCUUUUACAACCCGGCUGUAGAGAAGUGUCAGGGCAAUGGGCCGGGAUACAGCUCGGGGUGCUUUAGGCCUGCGGGAUUGGCAUGGGAUGCUCAGGGCCGCUUGUUCAUGACGUCGGAUACUUCGAGCAAUGGUGAGAUUUGGAUUUUGGGUCAAUCGUAG